AUGGCCCGCGUCCAUGAGAUUACGUUGUCCCGCGUGCGUCUGCUGAGUUUUGCCACCCUCCUUACCCUCCUCGUGGCUUCAACGCAAGCUCGUCCCUUGGCUGUGCCGCAUGGCCGUUUGGCGCUGGAGCAGACCGACAGCCAAGCAGCUUUCCCCGGAAUAGAGCAAGUUGUCGCGCUCAAUGGCGCGGAUGAGGGUUUUAUCUCGGCGGACCCCGUCGCACACAUCGAUCACACACACGCUGACGCCGUCGCCAAACGCCUCGGCGACCCAGAGAUGUCGAAGGUUACGCGAUGGGUUAUGGACCUGCUUCGCGAAACGUCGCAGGAAAUCGCCGCUGGCGCCUACGAAAAGGCGGCGAAGAAACUAUUCUCGCCGCGCACGAUCGUAAUGCCGCCAGAAGGACCCUCGCUCUUCCUCCUCUCCUCCUUCCAAAAAGCCGCCUUCCUCCAAAGUCUUUCCCUGACACUCCCCAACGUCGAGUUUCAGCCUGACGGCAUCUCCAUAUACGACCUUAAGUACAAAACAUACAAGAAGUACGGAAUGACUAUAACGGGGACGUAUGUCACCUCCCCGUCCCCUCUCGUGCCGGCUGCUACACCCGACAACGGCAAGUUCAUUUUCUUCUGGGAUCUCCUCAAGGAGAAGCAGGUCGGCUCUGCCGACGUGGCUCAGUUUCCCUUGGAGGGCGACGAGGGAACGAACACGCUUCGCGCCGUUGUCGAAGGCGCGUCGACGAAGGUCGUUACGAGCAACGGAAAGUACAUCUGGGGCGUCAGCUGGAUGGUCUGGAACUCCGAUAUGCCCAAGGACGCACCCGACGAACCUUCCAAGAAUCUUGCCGCCGGUGUCCCCGAAGCUGCUGGAGCCGCCACGGCGGUCGCGUGGUUCGACCAGGUUCAGGACCAGGGCGCCGCAGCAGCCGCCGCAAAUGCGGUACCGGCGUCAUUGGGCGAUCCGCGGCCGCAGGACAUCAUCAUGCGGAUUCAGGCCGCCUGGGAGGGCUUCUCGGCGGCCAUCGCGACGGGCGACGCCGUGUCGGCGACUGCCAUCUUCGCGCCCGUGGUGAUUCUGCUGCCGCCCAACCAGCCGCGCACGAUGCUCGUCACGGCCGAUCAGAAGCAACGAUUCGCUCAGGAUCUGAUAGACGCGCAGGUGGCGGUGAGCGUGACGGUGGAGGACGUGGUGCUGGUGGAGCUCAAGGCCACCACCGACCCCAUCAUGGCGGGCGGCUCCAGCAGCCUCUCGGCGCUCGUGCGCAGCAGCUACUCCACGACCACCCAGUCAGGUCAUGUGGUGGAGAUGGGGAAGCGGGUGGAUCUGUGGCAGAGGAACCCAAUGUUCCCCGGCCAGUGGUACUUCGUCUAUUCCAUCUGGAACUCGGAUGGGCUUGUCGCACCCACGCUUGGCUAA